AUGAUGACUGGUAAUAUAAACCCAGAAUAUCGAUAUAUAAGUAUUAUUGCCAAGACUUGGAAUGAAGUUUACUUGGCUGAAAAUCUAUUGACCAAACAAAAAUGUUGUAUUAAACAAGUCUUGAUUGAUGCAUAAUUGAGAGAGAAGUUUUAAUAAGAAAUUUAGAUCUUACAAAAAAUUAAGGCUUAUCCACAUCCAAAUAUAGUAUCCUUUGAGGAAAGCUUCUAUUAUGAGAAGGUGACUACGCAGGAUAAAGUACUCAUUUAUCUCUUAAAUGCAGUCCAUUACCUUCGGCUGUAUUGUCAUGGAAUUAGGCAUCACUAACUUAUAGCAAUACAUCUAAUCCAAAAAGUAAUCGGAUCCGGAUUUCAGAUUUCUAGAGUAUGAAGUAGCAGAUUUCUUUGUAACAAUGAUCAGAGCACAUUCACAUCUUUAAGAAAUUAAAAUAGCCCAUAGAGAUAUUAAACCAGAGAAUAUUAUUCUUAUCAAUGAUGAGAAUCUCUUGUUUAAAGUUUGUGAUGUAUAAACCUUUCUAUAAUACUAGGUUGGUUUUGGUACUGAAAUUAUAGAUGAAGAGUCAAGAUCAAGAACCAUUGGUGGUACAGUCACAUAUCAAUCACCAGAAGUCUACAGAGCAUUUAAAAGGAGAAAGCCUUAGGCUAAAUACAAUCCUUAUAAAAGUGAUGUUUUCUCUCUUGGAUUGGUUUUUCUAUUUUUUGCGACCACUCAUAACAUUACUAAACAGGUAAUAUCAAAUAAUUAUAAUAUUAGUAAAAAGAAGAGCUUUUUGAUGAUGACACAAAGUUGUAGAAUUAUUUAAAAGAAUAAAGAAAGAAAGUCAAAGAAUUAUAUCCUAGAAUCAAAGGGGUUUCUAAAAUUUUAAAGUUAAUGUUAGAAAUAUCUUCUGAUUAAAGAUAUGAUUUUUCUUAAUUAAGUUAAAUUAUAGAAGAAAGAUCAUAUUUAGAAGUUAAAUCUGUAAAUGAUUAUCAUUUAAAAAUAGCCUGCUAAAAUCAACCAUAAACAUUUAUAAUCUAUAAAUAAUUUGGAAGAUUUUUAAUUAGAUAUUAAAAAUAAGGAAGAUGUAUAAUUAGAUCUAAAUGGAAUGUAAAAUAAAUCAUAAGAUGAAUUACUUAAAUUCUUAGAAACUAUAGCUUAACAAAUUAAAAAUUUUUAAAUGAUUACAUUACAAAUAAAAUUAGAAAUGAGUUGUUUAAAUGUUAGAACUAUUGCACCAAUUGAAAAAAUUCUAAGUAGAGCUUAAAAAUUGAAAGAAUUAAAAUUAUAAUUAUGGAAGUAUAAAUGUUUUAAUAUAUUAAUAAGUAAUAAAUUAGGAAAUUUGGGAUUGUUAUUUUUAACAAAGGCAAUAAUGAGAAUGAGUGAUUUGAAAAGAUUGACUUUAGAAAUAUCUAAUAAUCAAUUAUCAGAUGAAGGGAUUAAUAAUUCAUUACCUCUUUUAGAAGGAUUAAUUCAGAUGGAAGAAUUAAAAUUAGAUUUCGGAUUGUAUAAGUUCUAAAUUAAUUAAGAAAUCAUUUACCAAUGGAAUGUUGCGAGGCAUUUUUUAUGGUUAUAUGUGCUAUGCCAAAACUAAAAAAACUUGAUUUAAAUCUUGAAAGUAAUUAUAUGAAUUAAGUACUUUCUAAAUUGUUAAAUCAAUCUUUGAAAAAAUUACCACUCCUAACUAAUUUAGCUAUAAAUUUUUCAAAGUAUUUUUAUGUUUUCUAAAAUCAGUAAUCCUAUGCAUAAUGAAGGUUUUUAUGAUCUUGGAGAAAGUAUAUCUGAAUUAGAGAAUUGUGAAUUGGUACUUUGGGGUUCAUAAAUAAAAGAUUUAGGUGUAGAGGAAUUUGCUAAAGGAUUAUCUAAAUGUGAUAAAUUAAAGCAUUUAAAUUUGACAUUAUGGAAUAAUUAAAUAACAAAAAAGGGAUGUGAAUCUCUUGGUUUUGUAUUACCUAAAUUAUAGAAAUUAAGUACAUUAGUAAUUGAUUUAUCCAAAAAUCGUAUAGAAGAUGAUGGUGUAAGAUUUUUAGCAAAAUCAUUUCAUGAAAUGUAAUAAUCAUUGAGAGAAUUAAAGUUUUGGAUUGAGAAGUAAAUAUUAAUAUAAAUAUUUAGUGUAUCUUGCACUUCUUUUGGAUUGAGAUAUGUUAAUCGUUUUUUGGCAACUCAAAAGAAAUUAAGAAAUAUCAAUCUAAAUUUUAGAUCAAAUUAAAUAGGAUUAGAUGGUAUGGAAUUAUUGUAUAAUGGUUUUGGUUAAGCAACUUAGUUAGAAAUAGUGAAUCUAAUACUUGAUCAGUAAUAUAUUUUUAAUAAAUAAUUAGUAAUCCUUUAGGAGAUGAAGGUGUGAAUACUUUAUUUAAAGGUUUAUGUAAAUUGAAAGAAUUACAGAGAUUGUUUUUAAGUCUUGAAAAUGUUCAAGGUACUGGGAAUUCAGUUACUGUGAUGUUGUUUUCAAUAAAGUCUUGGUCAGAAUUGAAAGAAUUGCAUGUUAAUUUUUAAAAGUAAAUAAAAUUGAAUUAACAAUCUUAGAAAUGAUACUGAUUGGGCUGAUGAUAUCAAUUUGAGAAAUCGAUUAUCAGAAAUCUAAACCACUGCUAAAAUUAAUAUUGAAUUAAAAACUAUAAAUUAAUAAAUCAAAUGA